UCUGAUUUUUACUGUAUGGUCUACUUGUAACAGAGUGUAUACAACUCCUUAUAACAUAACCUCACAUUUCUUUUUGACCUUCGCAAAAUUCGAAAACUGAAUUUUUAAAAAUGGUAUUUAAAUGCCAGAGUGAUAGUUUUUUGAAGGAGUUUACCUCUAAAGUUGUUUCUUGUACCGAGGCAAAGUUGGUUACUUCAAUUGAUGGCAAGGAACAGACAGUCGACGGCUAUGAAGUGAUACUAGACGACACAAUUUUAUUUCCCGAAGGCGGCGGGCAGCCCUCCGACCAUGGACUCAUAAACACAAGCAAAGUUUAUCAAGUCAAACGAGUGGGCGAUAAGGCAGUUCAUUUUGUUAAUAAUCCGCUGAUUGAAGGUGAAGACGCUAGACAGCUUGUGAACUGGGAGAGACGGUUUGACCACAUGCAGCAACAUUCUGGUCAGCAUUUAAUUUCGGCCGUGAUCGAACAGGAAUUUGGUUUUCAAACUCUGUCCUGGUAUUUAGGGGAACAGGUUUCGUACAUUGAGCUAGAUACCCCGACAUUUGACUCGUCUCAAAUUCGACAGGUUGAAAAUCGAGUAAACGAACAUAUUCGUGCUGCAAAACCUGUUCGUGUUGAAGUUUACAAAUCGGCGAGUGAAGUUAAACAUAUGGACAUAAGUGGCUUGCCCGAUGACCAUGUUGGUGAUGUUCGUGUGAUAAUAAUCGACGGUAUUGAUACAAACAUGUGUUGCGGCACACAUGUUACAAACCUAAGCCAGUUGCAAGUAGUCAAGAUGCUCGGAACGGAGAAGAGUAAACGUAAAAACCAGCUGUUGCUACAUUUUUUGGUGGGAACUCGAGUGUUGCAACGUUUAAGCCUUUGUUUGGAACGUGAACAGCAGCUUACAGUGUUACUAAAAAAUAAUGCAAGUGAACAUCCAAAUUUAGUAGAGAAAUUGGUUAAAAAUAGCAAAAUGCUCACUAAAGAUUUACAAUCUGUCCUAAAAGACUUGGCAGCAUUCGAAGCACAUAAAUUCAAAUCAUUGGAACCUAAGCCGAAGUAUUACGUCUUGCACCGAAAAGAAGCAGAGCCCGAUUUUAUGCAGAAUUUCUUGAGAGAAGUUGGCCCUUGUGAUACAUUGUUUUUCUUAUCAGUCGGUGAUGAUAAAGCACAAGGUAGUCUCGUGCUCUCCGGAUCUGAAACCAUCAUAUCCGAAAUUGCAGAAAAGGUGCUCGCACUACUUAAUGCUAAAGGUGUGGCUAAGAAAAACGUACUUAACGCCAAAGCAAGUAAUAUGAAAGGAAAAGCUCAAGUUAUAAAAUUGUUAAAGGACUACUUUCACUGAACUUAAAAAUGUUUUAUUAUAGCAACAAUGUACAUGUCGUAGGUCUUGAAUAAAUUAUUUAAACAUU